AUGAAAUCAGGUAGCUCUUGGCUCAAUGCUGUAUAAAUCAAUCCAUUAGACUUUGCUGAAAUUGAUUACUUAGAUCCAGCUUUAAAGGAAGGACACAAAGUUCUAUAUGAUCGAAUUUUGAAUAUUAAUAUUCGUUUCCAAGAUCGCUUUUCAGAAGUCUAGGAACUUAGUUAACCAGAACCUAUCCGUUUACGAGUCUUACAACUAGUAAGGAUAUUAUUUAAUUAAGGGGAACUGAUAGUAAUCCAUAAUCAAUAAAAAUUGAAAUAAGUUCUGAUAAGGAUUUGUUCUUUUUAUUUAAUCAUGAAGCGACAGUGAAUGGUUUUACCUAGAUAAAAGCAUUAUAAAAUUUGUAAAUGCCAUUUAAGGAUUAUGCUUAGAUAGCAAUAGCAACUUUAAAUAAAGUUGAACAAAACUACAAUGGGUAUAAUACUAUAUUUAUAUGUAUAAUUAGAUAUGGAGCAAUCUUUUAGGUUAUGUUGGAUGGUUCAGCGAGAUUAGAAAUAAAUUAAACAACUGAAUUUCGAAGUGUGCAUAUGAUUUACUUUGAUUUUCAUUAAGUUGAGGAAUCAUUUUUGAGAUAAACGAUAGUGUUCAAAUACAAUUAACAAAGAAAAGAAAUAAAGUAUCUAAGUUAAUCAUUAAAUGAAUGCAGAAUGAGAGUAACUGGAACAUUUAAAUGAUUUACAAUUUAU